GCUUCCGGCGGAAGUGCCGCGCGCCGCAGCCUUGUGUGUUGGCUGCCCCUCGCGAGCCUUUCGGCAGCCUCGUUCACUGCCGCAACCGUCGCGCGGCGCGUGAGGAGGGAGGGAGGGAACCGCUGCCGGCGCUACGCGGAGAAGCUCGCGCCUCCUUCUUCGCCGGCGGCGGGUUGUCUGUCAUCCCAGCUCCCCUCUCUCUCCCUCCCACCCUCUCUCUGAGGCGGCAGCGCAGACGGGACGCCUCCGGGCGCCUGAAGGGAUGUUGUGGCGGAGGCGGCGCCGGUGGUCGCCGUUGCUGUAGUGACGCCGGCGGCUGUGGAGGAGCCGCCCGGGGCGAGACGGCGAGGGGGUGGCCGCUUCCCGCCGAGGCUCCCGCGUCGCUCUCGGUCCCGUUCCUGGCAACCUGGGCGCGGGGCGGCAGUUGGGCCGCCCCAGCCGUCUCCGGCCCGGAGCCGUUCCCCUUCUUCCCCUUCGAGGAGGCGCUGCCUGGGCGGCUUUUGACGGGGCUUCCCCGCGAUGGCUUCUUCCUCCGGGAACGACGACGACCUGACCAUCCCCCGCGCGGCCAUCAACAAGAUGAUCAAGGAGACGCUGCCCAACGUGCGGGUGGCCAACGACGCCCGGGAGCUGGUGGUCAACUGCUGCACCGAGUUCAUCCACCUCAUCUCCUCCGAGGCCAACGAGAUCUGCAACAAGUCGGAGAAGAAAACCAUCUCCCCGGAGCACGUCAUCCAAGGCAAGGGGCAGCCUGCUCUCUUACCUCUUUAGUGCCCAACCGGAGGAAAGCCCUUCACUUGCCACCCUCUGGUCUCCUGCUGUGGGGUAGCUCAAUCGGUAGAGCAUCUCGAUCUCGGGGUUGUGGGUUCGAGCCCCGCAUUUGGGCAAAAGGUUCCUGCAUUGCAGGGGAUUGUGCUGGGUGACCUUUGAGUCCCUUCCGACUCUACGAUUCUGUGAUUCUCUGUAGGCUUUCUGUUCCUACAACUUCAGAAUUGGUGAAGCGGUGCAUCCAACCACCGCCGCACUCUUACUGUGUGCUGUGUAGCAGAGAAUUACAAGAGGGUGGAUUGCCUGGAGGACUCUGGUGAGCUGUAGACUAGAUAAACAUUUCACCCCUUCAGGCAACUGCGUAGCAUUUGCUGAGAGCUACAGCUUCAUUAAGGGCUAGAAACGCAGAAUCUCUUUGUUUGUGUCAUAAACUCCCAGGCACGUCUGAGAAACUUGCUGAUGUCAGUUGAACUUCCAAGUAAAGUUAUUUAAAACUCCUUGCAAAUUAUAGCUAUAGGUUUAGUAAAGUGAGCAUUUUGUGUUUAGCUACAUGAAUCUGAGUUAAAGUAAAAGCCUCUUGGUUUUUUUGGGGUUUUUUUAGAAACAGGAUGUAAGAGUUUAAAGAGUAUUAUGAGAGGGGAGUUCGCCAUUAUGCAAUUGUUCUCACACGUGUUCAUUUUUUCCACUACUUUUCAUUUAGCUCGAUUUCUAAACCACUGUUCAUCAAUUAAGGCUGCAAUCCUAACCCCGCUUACGUCAAUAGGACUUACUUCUUUGUAGAUGUGGUUAGGAUUGACCUGUAAGAUCCCAGGGUAGUUUACAACAAUUACAUCAAAACAAUAAAAUACAAUAUGUUAAAAUUCCAGACAAUCAGACAAUAUUAAUUUUUUUAAAAAAUUAUUUAUUGAAUUUAUAUACUGCCCUAUACCCGCAGGUCUCAGGGCAGUUCACAGGAUAAAAUCAGAAUACAAAACCGCAAAAUACAUAAUCAAAAUAAAAACAACUACAACCCAAUAACCCCCUCAAAACACAUUUUAAAAGGCAUAGGAUGUCAAUGACAUCAAUUAUAGCCAACAUUACUAUAGAUUCCUUGCAGUUUGUUGGAAACAACUUUUCCCUCUCUUUAUUUCCUUAUCUAAUUGUUUCCAUUUUAUAAAACAAGAGGAUUUUAGUCAAAUAUAUAUAGUUGCUCUUUCCUACAAAAAAGGAGGGCAAAUUUCAUUAGGCUAUUACUUUGUUUUAUGUUACUUUCCCUUUAAAAUUCAUGUUACUCAUGUUCAGUUCAGCAUUCAGAACAGCAAAAGUGAAAGUAACCGGAGUCUUGGUUUCAUUCAGCUGUUGCUUAAUGAUACUACUUUCAGCAUUAAGAAAUGUAAGAUGCCUAAAAUGAAAACCCUGUUUUUAGAGUGUAAGAGCAGUACAGCUGGAUUUGAUCAAGGGCCUGUCAAGUUCAGCAUCCUGUUUCCCAGUGUCUUUGGGAAGCUCUUGAGCAGAAUAUGAAGAUAAUCAUCAUUUCCCAGCAACUGGUAUUCAGUGAUAUGCUGCCUCUGGGCCUGGAAGUAAUGUAUGGUUGCCAAGGCUAGUAGCUGUUGAUAGCGAUAGCCUUUCAUGGUAUUACUGCUUCAUCUUGACUUUUGUGCAGUGCUGCACCAGAGAAGUUCUGCUUUCAUAAUGACACAUUCGUAUCAGCUAUGCCCCCACAAAAUCGGCUCUGGAGCUCCCCUCAAUUCGCUGAAACUGAUUUUGAGAUCACAGGGAGGGUUGAAGGGGACAGGAGAGAGAGAGGAAGUUCUGCUACAUGAACAGAAGUCUGUUGCAUGCACAGAGCUGUAGCACAGGAAAUAGCUCUUAAACUUUUUUUAUUGUAAUAGGAAGACCCUAAUACAGUACGGGAAGAUACUUUGGAUGAUAUACAAUGUUAAGUCAUUCUAAGCAAGACCCACUGAAAUAGUGGGCUUAGAAAUAUUUGGAUAUCACCCUGUAUUGAGAGUUGUGUGCCACUUGUGUCCCUGACAUAUGUAAAUUAUGCUAAUUUCUAAGGUUCUUUUGCAUAAUUGCAAACUGUUGUUAUAGGAGAAACAAUGAGAAAUUAUGGGCACUGAAACGAUGACGACUGGUUAGGCUGCUUAGUUUCAUCUGGCUGUUGUAGAGCAACCUUUCCCAACUGAUGCUGUACCCUUCCUGGUCAUUGACCGUAUUAAAGAUAUUUGAUUUGAUUUGUUGCUGUACCAGAUGUUGUUGGAUUCCAACAUCACCCCCAGCCAGCAAGGUCUGUGGCGAGGGAUGAAGGGCAGCCAGCUGGGGAAAGCUGCUCUAUAGAGUUCCAUCUGUUUUUGAAUGCUUAUCUUUGCAACUGAAAACACAUAUCCAAAAAUGAAAACUAAAGUCAGGAUGUUGAAAUAUGAACCCGAUAUCAAAUUCUGCAUUUUUUUUCUGGUAGAACACACAGAAAGCUCUGGAUUCUUCUGAGUACAAAGUUAACGGGCUUGUAGAAAACUACACAGGGCCCACACACAUUCAGUAAGUAAAGUCUCCAACUCAUCAUUUUGUGCUGGGUUGGAUGAUCAAUGAGUAGAAUCAAGGUUUCCAUAUAUAGGUGCAAUAUACACUAUAGGUUUCAGCACCCGCUACUGGAUCAUUGCCUGAUCUAAAGUGGGUUGCAACAACAGCACUGCCAUCAUACAGAUACAUGGUAAAAAUAUUAAGGGCUUCCACAUUGAUGGUUCGGUUAAAGGAGAAUCCCAGGUCUGAAAAGGUUAAAAAUUGCUGACUUAUUUAAUUCACCUUUAAGAUCUUCCAUCGUCUUGCAAAUAACAAGUACUACCUCCUAAGAGAGCACCCCAGUGGAUAACUGAUGCCAUUAGAAAGAACAUAGGGUUCUUUCUAAUUUCUGGCCACAGAAGCAUUGGUAUUUGACCACUUACAGAACUAAUAAUCAUAGAAUUGUAGAGUUGGAAGGGACCACGAGGGUCAUCUAGUCUAACCCCCUGCACUGCUGGAAUAUUUUGCUCAACAUUGGGCUUGAACCCAUGACGCAGAGAUUAAGAUUCUCAUGCUCUACUGACUGAGCUACAGGGGUUGGGGAACUUUCAGCAAGGAAGCCUAAUUAGCCGUCCCAGGCCAUGCCCAUCAGCUGCACACCUGACAUCAGGUGUGGGAGAGGUAAAGUGUCUGGACCAAGAAAAGGAUUUGUGGGUGCAGCUGAUUGGAGGCAUCUGCAAAGCCCUUUGCAGGGUUAUUUGAAAUCCUGAUUAACAGCUGGUUGGGCCUCAAAGUGCAGUGCAGGGCUUUCUGCAGCCACUCAGCUUGUUGGGGCUUGAUGAGAACCAUGCACAGCCAAAUCCCAGACAAUCAACUGAGAACGGCUGGCACUAUGGUGUCUGUCCCGUAAACUGUUUUUCACUCUUUCCAAUGGUGUUACCACUAAACCACAAACUUGAGCAAAUUGGGCCACUGCACUUUCAGUUUUGGUUUUGACUUUUUAUAUUCACUGUGCCUGGCUUAAAACACCAAGACAAGCUGUGCAGUAUCUCUCUGCAGGUUUGGAGCUUAUGUUUCCUCCCUUUCAACUGCGUGCUACCACAUGUCGAAUUCUAUACUAUCUUUGGGGAAAGUUCUUUGUAUCUAGCUUAGUCAUUUUUGUUUGCAUUUAUCAACACAUCUUUGGUAAACUUAAGUCUGACAAUGCUCAAUGUAGUCACUGCUGUUAAUUUUUCUUCUCUUUAAAUUAGAUUUUUUAACUCUUUAUAUGUUGGAUAUAAUUUGCCCACCAUGAAAAUAAGGAGGGAUAGCCUCAGUUGGUAGAGUUUGAGACUUUUAACUGUCUCUUAAUAUCAGAUUUGUGGGUUUGAGCCCCACGCUGGAUGAAAGAUUUCUGCAUUUGACUAGAUGAGCCUGUGGUCCCUUCCAGCUCUACAGUUUUGUGAAUGUGUUUCUAUGGAGUGAUCCACUCAUUCAGCAGUGCAUUCCUUUAGGUUUGCUACUACAUAGUUUAGAAAUAAAUAUUUAUUAUAUCCUGCAGUUCCCAAUAAUUCUCUUGGAUCCACACAUGCUUAGCUUCAACACAUCAGGCAUUCUCAGGCCAUUUUCAUGUUUCCCAGUGUUAAACACCUUUUUUAAAGUUGAAUCCAGACUUUCAUGGAAGGGACUUAGAUCCAGUGGAUGCUGCAACUGGAGGAAGACAAUUCGCUGCUGUCACUCAUUUCCACUUCCCUUGCAAACCCUCAGCAUCGUAUCCCACUGUUUUGGAGGGUUUCCGCAAUCCUCCAGAGCAGAUUUUUAGGGGGCUGCAUAGGGAAGGGAGAUCUGGUGAAUAUCAGCCCCCCAUUUGUCAGCAUUUAUUUUAUUUUUUAAUAUUGAUAGUCCACCCUUCAUGAAAAGACCAAAGGGCAGUUUAUAACAUACAACAUGAUAAGCAAUAUAUGUCAGUACAUAACCUAAUAUCCGUACAAUACAAGAAAACCAGAACAGUUAUAUAAAAACAGUUCAUACUAAUAAAUAAUACAUAAUUAUUAGUUAUUAUUACUCAUCCCAGCACUGAACUCCACAACGCCUGUAAAAUGCAGUGUUUCAUGGCAUAAGUUAUUACCUACUUUUCUCGGGUGCAAUUAUGAAACAUAAUUCAUAUCUAGUAACAACAGGCUUCUGAAAAAACACGGAGAAAUCAGCAGCAGAAUAGCUAAAGUGCAGAAACGGUAUACAAGUACAUAUACUUAUCUGCACAAAACUAGCUGUUAAUCUCUUUGCCCAAUCUCAGAAAAUGAGAAACCCAGCUCUCACCUGGGAUCUUUCCUUUGCUCUCAGUUUCUCACUUUGGGAAAUCUUCACUUCCUUGCUUCUCACUCAGAACUGUUCCACCAUCAGUCUGCCAUUUUCAUUGGGUACUUGCCUCCUGUUGUGCCCCAUGAAGGGGAGGCACCAGAGGGGUAAUUUCCUGUGGACUUUCCCCCUCAGGGUGAUCCCCACUAGCAACAGCCUGUCAUUGGACAGCCUACUGCCUGCAGAAUGCCCACCUUCUCUCUCCCCAUCUUGAAAAACACCGCAGGUUGGGUAGUCUGAUUUGCCGGCCUUUGUGCAGCAGCCGCCGCUAAACAGUGCCAUCUCAUGUACCAAAUUGCUGGUAAAGUAGAAAAGGCUUCCCUGUCAGCUUGCAUAUAUCCGCACCAUACAUAGUCUAUAACAGAUUGUUACUCAGCUAGUAGAGGGAUAGAAGUCAAUAAUAUGUCACUUACUUGCGAGUGCUGCCCAGUAUAAGGAAUUGUUUUUGAUAAAAGGUAAAGCUUGCUUAAGUGAAGCUUCAGAUCAUAUAAAAAUAUUCGUUCCAGUAGCACCUUAGAAACCAACUAAGUUUGUUAUUGGUAUGAGCUUUCGUGUGCAUGCACACUUCUUCAGAUACCUGAUAUCUUCUUCAGAUAUCUGAAGAAGUGUGCAUGCACACGAAAGCUCAUACCAAUAACAAACUUAGUUGGUCUCUAAGGUGCUACUGGAACAAAUAUUUUUAUUUUGUUUUGACUACGGCAGACCAACAUGGCUACCUACCUGUAACUUCAGAUCAUAUGUUCUUUGUCCUUUUAAAAGAAGUGGCCUGACUUAGAUAUGUCAACCUGUGGAUUUCUGUAGUCCAAAAUUACUCCCUCCCUCAGAAGGUAACACUAUAUAGCAAUCAUUGUAUUUUUUUGUGGUAGUGGCAAUUGUGUCUGAUAGGUUAAGUUGGUGUCUUGUUGCCUAAAAUGCUUGAAUUUUAUUAACUAGAAACCUUUUUUACCCUAGCACUUGAAAGCUUAGGUUUUGGCUCCUACAUCAGUGAGGUAAAAGAAGUUUUACAAGAAUGCAAAACCGUAGCACUAAAGCGAAGAAGGGCUAAUAAUCGUUUGGAAAAUCUUGGCAUUCCUGAAGAAGAGCUCCUAAGGCAGCAACAAGAGUUAUUUGCAAAAGUAAGUGAGGAAACAAUAUAUGCAUUGCUUAUCUUUCCACAUUUAAUUGUGGAAAGAUACACAGUUUGUGAAGAUGGGAUCAGCUAAGCAUCGGACAGCGCUGGCUCCUGGCCUCUAGAGUGAGAUGAGCGCACAACCCUAGAGUCUGUCAAGACUCGCCCGUACGGGCAGGGGUACCUUUACCUUUUACGCAUCCUAGACUUGGAUAUUGCAUACAAAUCUAAAUUUUGGAAAUGACUUAAGUUUUCAUUCUUUGAAUAUGCAAAACUUGAUUCAUUCAGCUUGGGUAUAAAUGGAUGCGACUGUUUCAGUAUGUAUUAGUACUUGCUUGAAAUAGCUACAUCAAAUAAUGUGUCAAUGCAAAAAUAUAGGGUUGCAUCUGGACUUAGUCAUUUAGAGUAUACUCAAGUUAAAUCAAUGGGUUGAUCAACUCCAGCUAUUUUUGUACUACAGCUCCCAUCAUCCCUAGCUAGCAGGACCAGUGGUCAGGGAUGAUGGGAAUUGUAGUCCAAAAACGGCUGGGGACCCAAGUGUGGGAAACUCUGCUCUAGGGAAUUAUUCCUAAAGUUCUGUACCUUUGGAAAGACUUUUUCUCAUGAGCAUCCUUCAUUUGGAGUUUGUGUCAAACCCAGCAAUAUCUUUUUUCAAACACGACGGGAAGUUCUCAAGUGUGCAGCAAGGUUAGGCAACCUAUGGACCCACGGAUGUUGUUGUUGUUUCACUUGUGAAGUAGUGCUCUUAAUUUCUUCUCUCAAAACAGAUCACGAGAGGAUGCCAUAAUGUUCUUGGCUUACCUCUUGCACUGAUCUCCCCAUGUGCAUGUGUGUGUCUGUGCGCAACUGUGUUAGGUCAAGCUAUAGACACUGAACUUACGGUUUUGUGUCCCUAGGCUAGACAGCAGCAGGCAGAGCUAGCCCAGCAGGAAUGGCUACAAAUGCAGCAAGCGGCCCAACAAGCACAGCUUGCUGCUGCCUCGGCCAGUGCAUCCAACCAGGCAGGCUCUUCUCAAGAUGAAGAUGAUGAGGACGACAUCUGAUAUCUUUUGGGCUGAGUUUCAGUCCCCGCAAGGAAAUAGUUUUCGCUGGUUUUGCUGUGCAGGACAUGAAUGCUUACCCGUAACUUUUGUCUGCAUCUUGGACCGGCCGUUGGUAUUUUAGGGAUGUCUGCUGUUGUGUGCUGUACAUGUCGAAACUGUCUCUUUGAACUCUUGAAGACUUAAGGUUCAGUAUCAUAUCAACUUUGGAUUUUUAAUGGUGUUUAUGGAAAUUUUAGAUAGCAGUGUGUCACUUAUUUGAUCAACAAACAGUGUUACAAUAAAGUUUAUAAAAUAUAGCAAAAUUUAUACAGAGGCUCUAAAUUCACAUUUGCAUUUCUCUUCCCUUUUAACCAUAGAAUCUUAUGUAGAAAUUUUUAAUUUGGGUUUUGUUUUGGUUUAUUGGAACGGAGCAGCCAAGCAAAGGGUUCAGCAUAAUUGAAUUCUUUAUCUUCAAAAACGAUAUAUAUAUGGCAAUAUAUACUCUGUGCUCAUAUACCACCAAUCUUGAGAAAUGAUACGUUUUUGCCAAACUAGGAAAAUGUAUGUUUAAUAGUUGUACAGAUUGAAUUUCUUUUGUAUAGAGGUGAAAACAAACCCAAUACUUUAUUAUGUCAUCAAUUCAGUGUCAUGAGCAACAUUAAUAUUUCAUUUCAAAUAUUGUCCGCUUUGAAGAAUUAAAUCUGUUCCUGUUUCACAGCCAUUUAAUUUUAACUUUAGGUGGUAUUAACAUGCAUUGUGCAUGUUCCAAGUGUUCAAAUGGAGUUUGGUGGAACAGAGUUGUUUUAAUUCUGUUUUGACUCAGAAUGCUGAAAUAGUCAGGUCUAUGAAAGCAAAUAUUGGAACUAAUAAGCAUGCUUGCAAUGAGAGGAAUCUUCAUUUAACUCAAAAUUACUUUUUUUUGUCAGCACAAUAUUAACACGACGUUUUCAAGACUAGUGUACCAAUAGAAACGUUUUAUCUGUGAAACUGGCUGCUUCUACAUUAGAAACUAGUAGGGUACUAGUUCUAAGUGUUGCAAUUCCAAGUUCAGUUUGGUGACUGAGCCCCAAGACUGACCAACAAGACCUAAUUAUUCUGGGGCAUUAUAGGUGUGGAUUUUAUAUAUAUAACAAUGCUUAGAUUGUUAUUUGUGUUGAUAAUAAGGAACAAUAGAGUCCUUUUUAGAAUCUGAAAAUAUACUUGAAGAUACAUCAGCAUAUUUUUCUGGUCCUUGCUUGCAGGGAGGUAGAAUCUCAUGCAUUGCAUAUUAAUGCAUCAUGCAACAUUACCAAGACUGCAUUUUUAAAAAACUUUCUAGCACAGCCUUGAUGGCUAUAGAAAAUUAUGCAAGAGCUGAGAAUGAAUGGAGAAAGUCUUGUCUCUGAAGCAGGGAGCCAAACUGAGAGUCAAAUUACGAUCUUGAAUUGCAGUUAGUUGAGUUUUAUGGAGCUUCACCUGAAAUAACUUGCACCCUUAUUUAUACACUGGUAGCUGAGAGAUAAAUUAGUUUGAAUGUUAAGCUGAGACACAUUUGUGGGUUCAGCAGGAAAAGUAUUGGGGCAAAAUCUGGUGAAAGUUUGUCUUCAUUAAGGUUGAAGUACCAAAGGUAGAAACACUAGGCUAGUAAAACCAUGUUAAUGUGCAGUGUUGGCUUUUCUAAUUUGUACUGUAACACCCUUGACCUUCCUAUUUGAAAUAAGUCGUCUUCUUUUUUUAAAGACAGAUAUACAUUUUCACCCUUCUUUUCUGAUGCAGAAUUCAGGUUAAUAUUUUACUGCAUCUGGUAUGUAUCAUAAUAUGUUUGAAUCCCUGUGACCUUUCCUUCGGACAUUCUUGUGCUUUUUCAUAUGCUGUAUUCCUCAAGCAAUAAAAUUCAAAUGUGUUUUUAUAUUCCAUGUUUCAAUAUCCAACUUUCACGGUUUGUCAUAUAAUAAGAGAAACUUAAUUUUCUUCUGCCAUGAACCAACUUUGCAAACUUCACGGGAUCAAGAUGUUCUCACCAAAGAGAUGCCUAUAAUCGUCCUUCGUGUUAGGGCUGGUUCUUUUCAAUUUGCAUAAUUUUCUUCCAGGGACAGAACGUAUUCUGUCUAGUCGCAUCACGUACAGUUUGCUCAUAGAUCCUGUACCAUUUCAGCACGUUUUGGACUACCAUGCUAAUCACACUUACCUGGGUGUCAGCCGCAACAGGACUUCCAAGAAGACAUGGUUAGGAGUGUGCUGUUUUUUCAAAACAAAUCUGUCCAAGUAAGUACUUUUUAAUUUGUUUAAGGAACCACAUUAAUUUACUUUUAUAUUUUGAGAUGACUAUUUAGAUAUUUUGAGAAAGUGUUAUUGAUAUGACUUACUGGCUAUGAUCCAAAAAUCCAGUACAUAUAUGGAGACUUCCCCGGAUGGGAGCUUCCAGUCUUCUCCAUGAUAAAUUUCUGGUAUUCAGAAAUAUGUAUGUGCUGUAUUUUCAUCUCAAGCAGGAUUAAAUUCAUUGUGUAUAGAAUGCAAGAUAGAUCACUUUUUUCAUGUCAGUUUUAAUGGUUUUCUCUUAAAUACAACAUUAUGUCAAAUAAAUACCGGAUUUGUGAAUAAUUCAACAAGUAUAUCAGCUAUUGUAUAGUCUUGUGUUAAAAGAAAAUUGCAAUAGAAGCAAGACAAUGUCAGAGUUGGAAAAUCUCCAGUUUCCGGCAAAGUAAUCAGCUCCUUACAUUUUGUGUGCAAAUGUUCUCCUUGGAUCCCCUAUUUAAAAUUUCCUUUCUGGUAUUAAUUUGCGCUGCUUUAAAAAAUUUCUCAGCUUCUGGAGUUGAAUGUAUGGAAACGGGCAUUUUUGGUUGCGGAAUUCCAACGCUUGUGACUGGAAAAAGAACUAGAAGUAUGCUAAGAGCACAGAAAGAAAUCGCAAAGUAAGAAAUUAUAAAAUAUCCUGAAGUUAUUUUCCUACACUACUCCCAGCCUUCAUCUUAAGUAAUGUUAGUGAUAAUUGCAGUAAUGCUAUUGUGUGGUUUGGGCUCAGGUUAGUAGCUGUUUCCACAUCCAUCUCCAAAGCAGUUUAUUAAUAAAUUGAGUUGGGUGUGCAUUUAAUAUUUGCUGCUUGGCAUGUAUAACAGCUUUUCUGGCUGCAGUGCACUAGGCAAAGGUUAAUGCAAGAUCAGUCCCAGGGUGGUGAUGGCAUAAUUAAACGUUCCCAAGCAUGCUUUGAAAUGAGAACUUGGGGCCUGGGAAGGUGUGGAAGCAUGACGCUGCCUUGCAUAGGAGAAGACCUUGGCUGGGAUCCAAAAUGCUGCGCAAGUACUUCCUCUGUGCUCAGAGAGGCCUUUGGACUCGCUAUCCUCAAACAGAACCUCUCCCUGCCACAUGGCAAACUCAGGACUUUCAGAAGCGGUUUCCUUUUUGUCUUCAAUGGGAGGCUCCUGUUCAAAGAAAGCAAUAAAAACAACUCAGUAACAAUCCUGCUGGGUGUGCCGAAAUCCUUGGGUGUGCCUGAAGUCGCUUUUUGGAUUCCAGCCCUUGUCCUGUUUUCACACAGGAGGGCAUUUUCUCUGCUUAAUGUAGGAAUAUGUGCAUUACCAAGCAAGCAGCCUUUUAACAACAACAAAAAGCUUUAUCCCCAAAUCAGAUGAGAUGAAUUCUCAAUUUAAUUUAAUUUGUUUUCCUUCUGUUCCUUGCCCAAGCCUUGAGCUAGGGGUAGUUUGUAGAGAGACAGACAGGCAGAAGCGAGGGUCAGAAUUUUUUACUUAAUAUAAAAAAAUCCUUGCUGGGUCAAUCUAGCUUUCUGUCUCCUGCAGUGGUGGACCCCAUUUCUCCUGAAGUAAAGUAGUAAUCUUAGCAAGAGCAGAAAUUUGUACCAAAUGAAUGCUGUGUGUUCUGCAGCGCAAAUUCCACCACAAAGAACCAAGCGAGACAUGUUGUGGACUUCCUUUAUCUCCUUUGCAGAAAGCAGCUGUUUUAUGCGUAAGGGUGGGUAUAUAAUUUUCAGCACAGAAACAGCAAGAGGGGUGGGGAAGAGUUAAGCAGCCCCAUCCCUGCUUUCAUGGGACGCGGGUGGUGCUGUGGGUUAAACCACAGAGCCUGGGACUUGCCGAUCAGAAGGUUGGCGGUUUGAAUCCCCGUGACGGGGUGAGCUCCCGUUGCUCGGUCCCUGCUCCUGCCAACCUAGCAGUUCGAAAGCACGUCAAAGUGCAAGUAGAUAAAUAGGUACCACUCUGGCGGGAAGGUAAACGGUGUUUCCGUGCGCUGCUCUGGUUCGCUAGAAGCGACUUAGUCAUGCUGGCCACAUGACCUGGAAGCUAUACGCCAGCUCCCUCGGCCAAUAAAGCGAGAUGAGCGCCGCAACCCCAGAGUCGGUCACGACUGGACCUAAUGGUCAGGGGCCCCAUUACCUUUACCCUUACCCUGCUUUCAGCUUCUCAAGAGUGGCUCAAGGAAAAUCACACUCAAAUCCAUGCAUUUAAACAUAAAUAAAAUUUAAAUUUAUUUAGUUCUUCAAUAUAUGGUACAUGUUAUUAACUGACUUCUUCUGUGUCUCCUCCCCCGUCUUGUUUCUUUUAAAAGUAAUCAGCGAAGAAGCUCCACCUAGUGAUCAGCCUGUGUUUUCAAAAGCGAUGAACUAGAAAGUAAGUGUGAAACUAGGGCCGUACGUUUCUUUCCUGCUUUGAGCAAUUGCCUGCGACAACUAUUAUACAUAAAUUUAAUUCCACAACGUCAUGCUGUAAGUUCAUUGCUAUAAUUAAUAUACAAAUAACACUGGGCUACUCAGUGAGCUACAAGUACUUGAUUAGCAGUUUUCUGGAGGGAAAUGCUCAAGUAUGUCUGUUGAAAAGAGCAAAUGCUUUCAUGAAAUAUCUUGACUCGCACAAGCUUCCUGAAGGACAAAAUUGUUUGGGGUCAUUUUGUGGAUGUCUUGAGUGCAAUUACUGUAUUUUUCGCUCUAUAGGACGCACUUUUUCCCCUCCAAAAAUGAAGGGGAAAUGUUUGUGUGUCCUAUAGAGCGAAUGCAGGCUCCUUGGCUUCAGCGAAAGCAACGCGAAGCCUCCAAAGCGCAGAGGGAGCGCUCCCUCCGCGCUCUGGAGGCCACGCGUUGCUUUCGCUGAAGCCUGGAGAGCGAGAGGGUCGGUGCGCACCUGGCUUCAGUGAAAGGAACCCGAAGCCUUUGGAGCGCAGCGCGAGUUCCUGCUGCACUCCAAAGGCUUCCGGUGGCUAUCCCUGAAGCCUUUGGAGCGCAGCGGGACCUCGUGCUGCGCUCCAAAGGCUUCAGGGUUAGCUGCGCAAAGCCUCCGCAGGACAGCGGGGUGAAGGCACCCCGCUGCCCUGCGGAGGCUUGAAAGGCUGUCCCCGAAGCCGUUCUAGCUUGGGGAUGCCGGGGCUUUAUGGGGAAACCCCGGGCUUCCCCUUUCAGCCCCGACACUGAUUUGAUUCAGAAUAUUUUUUACUUGUUUUCCUCCUCUAAAAACUAGGUGCGUCCUUUGCUCGGGUGCGUCCUAUAGAGCGAGAAAUACGGUAGUUCCCGCUGAACACUCGAAAGCUACUGGCCAGUGUUGUUGCUGCAAAGGUUUAAGUUACAGGACCUGCUGCACAGCAAAAGUGAUUGGUCGUUACAACUGAGCCUCCACUCUCCCCAGAGACUAACUCAUAACUACUGUCAUCUACUCAUGCGAGAAAAAUUAUUUUGUGUGUUUCAAAUUUAGUUAUGUUUGGGUGGGUGGGUGGACAGCUGUAAGUAUGUUGCCCCACUAGGUACCACUAGGUGGUGCUCAUGCUUAACACAGUAAUUUAUUGCGGCUGCCUGAGAAAUGACGUUUCAUAGUGAAACUUUCUAUCUUAAGGAAACUUUCCUUUAAUUAUUACAAAGGUUUGAUGAUUAACUUUAAAGAAAAACGGGGAUAUUUUUUCAUAAUAAGUAUGAGUAUUUUAAAAUGUUAUAUGCGUUAAUCUCAGCAUUGAUUUUAACAAUGUUAAAGAUAUCCAAAAGAUCAACUCAUUUUCUACAAGCCCUCUUGGGUGUUAAAAGACUAUCCGAGUGGGCCCAGUUGGUAGUUCCACCACUAAAUUAGUUGCGAAUGGAGGUGGAAGCCCUAUAGUUAUUAAAUUUGUUCCCCACAGAAGUGAGUCUGGCCCCUUCAUUAUGAGCCUUUUUGCACAUUGAAUGGUAAGAAAUUGAAAUUUAUCUGUAUUUCACGAGAUUUAUAUACUGCUUGGUGGUAAUAAAAUGUCAAGGCAGUAAUAAUAAUAAAAAAGCUAAAAACAACUAUUGAACCAUAAUUAAGAUCAGUGAUAAGCUGAUGUCCAGGUUGAAACACACGUCCACAUUCUAUGCAAUAAUGAAACAAGCAAUUCUAUAUUUAUUGUUCAUUAGAGGUUUGGAGCUACGUCACUACCACCCAACCUUUCUGAAUGCAUUUUGAUACUUCUUUAAAGCUGAAAUCUGCAUCAGAAACACUGAACAAAGUCCAGGGGAUUGUGGGUUGAGCAAUCUUAUACUUAGCGUUCACCAGUUCAGAGAGAUAGCACUGCUAUGUUGGUGGGAUGGCUUGCCAAACCCUGUGCCCCUUAGUUUAGGCAGAGAGGGUAAAAAUGAAGAACAGCCACAGAGGAAACAGAAAUGAAAUAUAUAUAUAUUUGGUAGAGGAAACAUGUUUACAAAUAUGCAUCUACAUAUGAAUCUUCAGGCACACUACUCCUUUUCCUGCAUUGCAGGGGGUUGGACUAGAUGACCCCUGAAGGACCCCUUCCAACUCUACAAUUCUAUGAUUCUAUUAUUAUUUUGCAAAUUAAAAUGAAAGUGCAGUGGAACAGACUUAUGGGUGAGUCCAUAUGAAAGUGACACAGACUAGAAUUUGACUGAUCUGGCUAUUCUUACCCCAGAGUGGCACUCACUUUAUUUGGUUUCUUGAUCCGAGAUCUACAAUACAGGACGGGGUAUAAAAAUUAAAUCAAAAAUUCAACAAAGGAUUAGUGGUUACUGACAGUCAGUUAGAUUAGCUGUCUCCCCGUACAUUUGCAUAAUAUCUUUGCACUUAUGCACAGACAUCUUUGGCCCCCAGCCUAUGUAUUUUAAAUACAUUUUGAUUAUCAAAUAAAAAUUUCCUAAUAAUGAAGAAUCAGAUAUAUGGGUAGCAUAGCUUAUGGGAUAGGAUACAGUAUUGCAAGAGUACGCUUCCGCUUAGCACAAUAGAACUUCACCUUCCUCUCCUCUCCCCUGCACCCCCCCACGCACUCCCAAAAUCUUUUCUGGAGGGUCCACCAAACCCCCAGAACAGAUUCUAAGGGUGUCAACAGCACUGGACACAUUCUGUGUCUUUGGCAGCACUGCAGAAACAUGCAUGGCUUAUACUGGACGUCGUUUGCCAGCCAAACCACUGUGAUCUAUUUACUUUGUGAUCUAUAAUUGCCUGCUCCUCUUUAAUGCAUUUCCCUGAACUUUGCCUCGGCAACUGGGGAUUUCCAUCAUCUCCUGGGGAGAUUUCUUAUAACCAUACCACAUGCAAAUCCCUGCUUUCUGGCACAAAGCUAUAAGCAAAUCAUAGCAAGAAAUGUGCGCCGAUUAUGCUAAUCCAAUGUUGCGAUUGACAUUUUGGCCUCUGAACUCCUCAUCCAUACAUCUACAUCAAACAUGGCAAUUACAAAGCAUGACAGCUGAUGUCAUGCUCCAUAUGCGAACCACUGUUAAAAGAACAGUUUAAAAAGGGAUUGUGCAUUUCAAAGCGAGUGUUGUGUGUGCGCUUUUGCUUGAGAAACAUGGGAGUACUGCUAGAUCUAAGAAAAGGAGGAAGAAGCUAUAUAUUUUUUCCACUUUCAGCGGUGGUUCUGUACAUUUUAUUUAUUUAAAAUAUUUGCAGGCCAUUAUUCACGACCAAAAUGGCAUUGCAGAGCGGGUUACACUAUUAAAUCCUUCAAACGCCAACAUGAAACAAAAAAAUAAAGCAGCAAAAACAGUAUAAUUUCAUCAGAGCAGGCUUCUAAUCCAGUAAUGACAGCAAUAUCCAGGCACAUAAACAAGGUACUUCCAGUUCCUUGAUUCUCAGAGAAUUAUAUCUUAUCAGCAGGAAGCAUACUUAAAUUGUAUCAUUAGGAUUUUGAGAUUCCCUUGUUAUGAAUCAUCAGAUUGUUAUGGGAAGAUGAGGUGCAUUUUCAGCUCCCCCCUCCGCGUAAAAUGGUACCUUUCUACUGUAUGCCACUUUUAUCUGUUUUAAUGGUGUGCUAUAUGGGUUGUGAAGAAGGACUGAAAAGAAGCAUGGUACCCCACACCCCUCAUUUUUCCUCCUAGCAUGGGGAAGGGUCGAGGUGGCCUGCUUCCUUUUCUCUGCAAACAACAGGAGCUGUCCGCAUCGCCUGCGCUCCCGAGCAAUGUUCCACUGUAAACAAAAGGUUGCCAAAUAAUGGCAGCCUCACAGAAAGAAUAAUCAGCAUGUAUCCUGGUGAUAACUUGCCCCUGAAAAGCUGCCAACGUUCAGAUGUGCCAGAACUUCCCAGAGUUUUCGUUUGCAAGGGGCUAGAACAGCCAGUUUGUUCAGUCCCAGAAGAAAACGGUUCAAGCAGAAAGGUGAGGGACAAGACUCAGAAGAAAUGAAGAUGGAGCACAACCCGCCAGCCUCAGCAGCAGGGAGGAGGAAAACACUCCUGCUUCCUCCCGUCUAGUAGCAAGAGAGAGGUGGUGUGAGCAAAGACCCCUUGUUUAAGAACGCUUUGAAGACCAAAGGGAGACCGCACCUCUUUAGAAUUGACACAGCUAACACAAUUUUUUUCAAUGCGCUUCUACAAUGUCACAUCAGGGGCUUCAGUUAUUCUCCUUUUUUCCUAUUUUACAGAAGUAUUGUUGUGGUACUGGUUUUUCUGAUCUUUUCUUAUUUUAACAAAAUAUUCUUCCAGUGUAGGUGUGCUUGAAUCUGGCAUGCUUCCAAGGGAUUAGCUUCCCCAUGCAUAUUUCCUUUAAUUAGUCUGCACAAUGUGUUGUUUUUCUUAGAGGUCUUCCUCCCAAGUUAGCAAUGUCCUUGUUUCCACAUUCCUUACUUUAUGAGAUUUGAUCCAGUCCUCCAUGGAGAUGCUGUACAAAAAUGCAACUUUCUUUUUUAAAGGGUGGUAAAUUACACACAAGACUCAUGAUUCUUUUUUACCAUUCCCUUCUCUCUCUCUCUCUCACUGUAUCUGUUAUUUAUUCUCUUUAAAAACAUGAUUUGUCUUGC